UGGGAGCUGGAGCCAGCAGGAAGAGUUGGCCUGAACCACAAUGUAGCUGCCUCCUGGGAGAGUGACAGCAAGGGUGAAUGGGGGGCAGCUGGUGACAUCUCCUAGGCCUUGCUGCCUCAAGGUGGUUGGGUGCAGGGGUGAAACUUUGCUAACAAUGCAGGAAAGGGUAGGGGAGUACUGUGAGCUUUUACUGGGAUGCAGAAAUCAGGGACAGCUUGACAGAUGGUGAUGGCUGUGUGCCAUGAAAUGCUGGAGCUUUUUGCUAUAGCAUCCCUUCCUUAGCACUGAAGCACCAAGCUUAUUCUCCCUGCAGGGUGUUGGGCACCAGGAAACAUGCACAGACCACCCUGACUUGCUGCAUCAAUCAGCACAACGCUGAGCACAGAAGUACCCCAGAAUACUCUUGUCUCUGUGAAUGGCUUCUCCAAGGAGAAUAACAAACUUGAGGACACUGAGCAGAGGCUGGAGGGGCUCAGUGCCCUGUGCUGGCUUCCUCUUAGAGGAAACAUUUGGAGGGGAUAAGAAAAGGGCCUUGCUGGGGAGGGGAGGGAGUUUUUAGCACUAUCUCCAAGGGGCUCUGCACACGCUGCAAGUUUCCAUCCCAUGGUAGGAGCUAGUGCUGGGCUGCUAGCUGUGGGCCAGGAGCCGGAUGGACAAAUGCCCUCCAGUGGGAUCCCUGCUCCCUUCAUCAUCACCCCCUCCUGAGCCACCGAGUUUGCUUUAAAGACCCCAGCUUCCUUUUAUUGCUUCCCCUCUCAGAUUGCAGCCGGCUGUGAGGGCUAUUUUUAGCAGCCUGCCUUCUAAAAAUAGCCCCAAGAUGUUUGGAAUUGCGUCAGGAGGGGUACCUCUCCUCCACGCACCGGCUUGGCCCCUGCGCCCCAGGAGGCUACAAAAGGAGGCCAGGAGCAGUGGGGUCAGCAGGUUCAGACACAGCCAGAGGCAAAAGCAGCAAGAAGCACAGUGCCAGCUCCAGGCAUCCCAGUGCCGGCACCAUGACCAUCUUCUGCAGCCACUGCCACAGGCCGCUGCAGGCAGAGACGAGCUGCCUGCCCAGGAGGGCUGAGCAGGCGCACGGUGCCUCCAAGCCGUUCAGGUGAGCUCCCCUCUGCCCCUUACCUGCAAGGGGAGGCUGCUAGCAGCUACUGGCCAGGGUGAGACCCAGCCAGGUGCAAGGCGUUUCUGCCAGCCUGGGAUGCUGAGGCAAAGGAUCUUGGAGGGGGCAGAGAGAUUUUGGGAGGCUUGAAUGAAGGCAGGUUCAACUUGCUGAUCAAAUGGGCUGCAGUUCGUGAUCUGGCACUGGAUGUGGUUUCUGCCCCAGCGGGGCUUGUUGGGGAGGUCAUGUCACUCAGUUAGCUCUUAAAGCACGGGGAUGCAAACACCAGCAGUUUCUCCUGCUAGGCAGCCACAUGCAUCUCUGUCUGCAUCCACUAAAGGAUUGCUAUUCCUGAAAGACCUUGCGUGGCGCACGGAACCGCUCCGGCCCAGUGUUCCCAUAGCAGGAGAUAGGGAACGCUGUCCCUUUCCCUGGGCAGGACUCCCCAAACAGCUGGCUUUGCAGGUCAACCAAGAGUGCCUCCAAGGCACGUCGGGACCAGAUCAACGCGGAGCUGCAAGCACUGCGCUCCCUGCUGCCCAUCUCCACACAGGAGAAGGAGCGACUCUCCUACCUCCACACCAUGGCCCUGGUGUGCCUCCGGCUUCGGGGAGCUCACCUCUUCCCUCCAGCCUCAGCUCCUCCCUCAGCACCGGUCCUUGCUGCAGAGCUGCUCUCCUUGCUGCCGGGGUUUCUGCUUGUGCUCUCAGCCGGCGGCAAGCUGGUCUACAUCUCUGAGAAUGUGUCUCAGAUCCUGGGUCUCUCCAUGGUGGAGCUUCUUGCCCAUGGGGACACCAUCUUUGACAUUGUGGAUGGGCGAGCAUGGGAGGACGUGCAAAAGAAGCUUCUCCUCGCCCAGGAGCAGCCAGGCAGGGAAAUAACCUUUGUCAGUGAGAUGCGCACAUCCAAGGCCUUCCGGCUGCAGCACGGGGGGAAUCAGGCUGUGGCAGUACGCGGGCGCUUUGUGGUCCCACGCUGGCCAGCCUCCCCCUCCACCACAGCCUUCCUGGCCCUCUGCACACCAGUUGCACAGCUGGAUGCAGAUCACGACACUGGUUCUCAGGACAACCUGUUUCAGAGCACACAUGCCCUAGACAUGAGGUUUAUGGAUGUCACAGAGAGGUGAGGGUGCCAGCCAGCUGUCCAGGACAGCCAGGAUCAUCUCCCUUUACAAAGGCUGGGUGUGGGAUGCAGGCUGGACUCCACUCCUCUUGUCCUCCCCAGUGCCAUCUACCACCUCGGCUACCUCAGGGAGGAACUGAUUGGCCAGUCGUGGUACAGCCUCCUGCAUCCUGAAGAUGCUGAUGUAGCAGCCGCUCAGCACAGGGCUGUGGGUGAGUAUUACGCCCACACUCACAUGUCUUCCUCUAGUCUUGUCUGGCUGUGCUUGAAACCUGGCUGCCUAGGACAGCCAAAACAAAGUGAACGGAGUCCCACUCCCUGUAAAAAGCAUGAA